GCGACGGCAAAAGACUAUAUAUUCGCGAGAAGCGCAAUCGUUCGUGUACCAUAGCACGGAUUAAGCUAUCAACAUGCCAAACACAAGUUAAGUGCAAGUCUAAUCUUAUUUUCACAUCAAUACCAGUUCCUAAGAAUGUAUUCUUUAUAUUUUUUGUACGGACGAAGCUAGGGGUGAAAGCUUGUGCAAUAAAAUAAUGAUGAAAUGCUUUUAUGAUAUCGUAAUCUACCUGCGGAUCUAUUAUAAUAGCAAUAUGAAUCACAUCACGAGCGAUUUUGUAGGCAAGCAUCACAGUAACUAGAAGGUAUUCAUAUUUUUAAAUCGACUAUAUUUUCGAAUUGAUUAUAAACAAAUUAUAUAUGCUUUAUAGCUUCCCUUUCGCAUAAAAUGUAUUCGAUUAUCGGCGUCCCCCCCGCACCUAAGUUUGCAGCCAACCCUCCUGUCCCCGUCUCCCCCAUAGCCCCACAGAAAGCCAGUUGGUGUACGAACUUAGUUAGAGCCGCUUUCAGAUGCGGGAGAGACUUCUGCUUGGACACUACAAUUCAUGGUUUUAACCACGUGGCCGUUCCUGGGAGAUACAUGUUCGAGAGAUUUCUGUGGGCCGCGGUGACUGCGGCCGCUAUUUGGGGAGCGAUCGGCAUCUCGCUGGGCCAGCUCGCACGGUACAACGACAACCCGACCGUGGUCACGCUGGAGAAGGACUUCCGCAGCUGGCUGUUCAAGAUGCCCGGCAUCACGUCCUGCGACCAGAAUCGUGUUAACCCAAAGAAAAUUGACGAAAUCCUCAAAUCAUACUUCAACGUGGAGAGUACGGACGAGAAGUACGAAUACUUUAAAUCGUUCGUCAGCGUCGUCGCUAAUUCCGACAUGGAGCACCUGGAGAACUACAAGGAGUUUGCUGACGACGCGCAGCUGGCUAAAGUGGACCUGUACCAGCUCGCAGUCGACGUGAUGCCGAAAUUGCAAAUCAAAGGGACGUGGUCCCACGGCCUGGACGUCACUUGGAUCCCAGUCAUGACCGAGUACGGAGCCUGCUACGGCACCAACUCCGUCGCCUCUGCUGAUGUCGUCAUUGUGAAACCAAACCCAAACGAUACUAAAAUCUUCCCGCUGACAUGCAAGUAUUCUUCGCAGCGAUGCUACGUGCUUUUGGAAAUCAGCUCCAACGCUACUUUCUUCACUCAUUCGCCGUUCGAUGUGGCGGACGCCAUGGGGCCCAGGGCCUUGAUCUACACGUCUCUGGACCGCAACUAUGAGCUCACAGUGAUCGAGACGGAGUGUGGGAAGGGCAUCCGAGACCUGUCUCCUCAGAGGAGGAGGUGUUUGUACACCGACGAGCCGCAGACAAGUAAUGAAAAGGUGUACAGCACCAACACGUGUCGCUUGUCUUGUCGGGCCAAGCUGGCUGAGAGUCUAUGUGGCUGCCGACCAUUUUACUAUCCUCAGGCGGGUUCAAGCAGACCUCGAUGCACACCUAAAGGCAUGUACUGUUUGUCUAAACACACCUUGACGCUGGUCACCAAUGGCGGAGUUAAGUGUUCCUGCAGCCCGCAGUGCCAGGACGCGGUGUUCAGAGACGUCGCUGUCAGCGAACAGAUCUGGGGCAAAGGGCAGUUCGCGGAGCGUGGGUCGAUCAGAUACACCGUGCAGGCGCCGCGCAGCCGCUACACCAGGGAGAUCGUGUUCCACUUCCAGGAUCUCGUGGUGUCGUUUGGAGGAGCAGCCGGCCUGUUCCUGGGCGCCAGCUUCAUCAGUUUUGUAGAGAUCUUCUACUUUCUCUUCGUGAGGGCCGUCAGGAGCUUCGUCAAGGAGAAGAAGGGCCGUGUUCAGCUUGUGGAAAAACCACCAAGUGUGCCGUACGAAGCGGCGCGGAUUGAAGAGUUAAACUACAUUCUGGAAAAGCAACGGAGAUUCAAUUGAAAGGGACUUUAAAAACACAUCAUAAGAAUGACACGAUCGAUGGAAGCAAAAACAUUCGGUUGAAGAGAAGAUAAAAGGAGAAUUG